AUGCCCGGCGCCGGCGAGGACGAGAUCUGCCAGAAAGCGCUGCAGCUGCUGGCCGAGCUCUGCUCCGCCGGGGCCGUGGAGAACGAGAACUGCCGCGAUUUCAUCUACUACCUGCGGGACAGAGCGCGGCCCCGCCUCAGCGACUCAGAUAUCUCAGUAAGCUUACUCUCCUUAGUUGUCACAGCCUGUGGUCUUGCUCUCUUUGGGGUCUCUCUGUUUGUGUCCUGGAAGCUUUGCUGGAUCCCUUGGCGAGAGCGUGGGCUGCCAUUUGGGAACAAAGACAAACAGGAAUCACUGAACUAUACAGACACAGAGACCAAUGACCAUGAGUACAGUGAAGAUUAUCUGGGUCAGCCCACAGCAUUUCCGGAAUCCUCCUUGAAAAUUAGCCACACAUCCCCCGAUAUUCCAGUAGAUGCACAGACAGGAGCAAAAGAGAACUGUGUGCACAAUGUGCGGAUGCAUCGUCAGACCACAGAACCAACCUCUUCUGCACGGCAUAAUUCAAUCCGAAGACAGCUCAACCUCUCCAACCCUGACUUCAACAUCCAGCAGGUUCAGAAACAGGAGCAGCUGACGGGGAUUGGCCGCAUUAAGCCAGAGCUGUAUAAACAAAGAUCAGUGGACACCGAUGAUGGCCGGAGGAAUAAUAGCAAGGCCUGUGGAAAGCUGAAUUUCAUUCUGAAAUAUGAUUGUGAUUUAGAGCAGCUGAUAGUGAAGAUCCACAAGGCUAUCAACCUGCCAGCAAAGGACUUCUCUGGAACUUCAGAUCCCUAUGUGAAGAUAUAUCUGCUUCCUGAUCGGAAAACAAAACACCAGACUAAAGUGCACAGAAAGACGCUAAAUCCGGUAUUUGAUGAAGUUUUUUUAUUUACUGUCCCAUACAAUGACCUGAACACACGGAAACUCCAUUUCUCUGUAUAUGACUUUGACAGAUUCUCCAGGCAUGACUUGAUUGGCCAAGUGAUAGUGGAUAAUUUUUUAGAUUUGGCAGAUUUUCCCAGGGAAUGUAAUAUUUGGAAGGAUAUCGAAUAUGUCACCAAUGAUAAUGUGGAUCUUGGUGACCUGAUGUUUUCACUCUGCUACCUUCCAACAGCUGGUAGACUAACUAUUACAAUAAUAAAAGCAAGAAACUUAAAGGCAAUGGAUAUCACAGGAGCAUCAGAUCCCUACGUGAAGGUUUCUUUAAUGUGUGAAGGAAGGCGACUAAAGAAAAGGAAAACUUCUACAAAGAGGAAUACUCUUAAUCCUGUUUACAAUGAAGCCAUAGUCUUUGAUGUCCCUCCAGAAAAUAUUGACCAAAUUAACUUGUCGAUAGCUGUUAUGGAUUAUGACCGUGUAGGUCACAAUGAGGUCAUUGGAGUGUGUCAAGUAGGCAACGACGCAGAAAGCCUGGGUCGAGACCACUGGAACGAAAUGCUUUCGUACCCUCGGAAACCCAUUGCUCACUGGCAUCCUCUUGCAGAGGAAUCAAGUGGGGGAGGGUGUCCAGCGCAUCCAAGCUGUGCAGAGAAAUACAUACACAGCAUAUCAUUUUGGUUCCUGAAUCAGGAUUAGACUCAGCGAGAGCUUCUGGAACCUCUGUGGCCACAGUCAUAGGACCCUGAAUACUUGCUGAAUAGGACCCUCAGUAUUCUACUGUGUGAAGAGCUGUUGGUUUCAAGUAGUGCAAUGUCAUCUAUUUGUAGUGUUAAUUCAUCAGCUGACUCUAUUGCUACCUGUAGAUUGUGUGGUUAUAAGCAUUGCCCAAAUUGGAGUCAGAAGCUCUGUUCAUUAAACUAGCCAGAUUUUACAAACACGAUAGCAAUGAAAAUCAACAAGUAGCUGAAACAACAACAAACCUAGCUCUUGUAUUUGCAAAAUGAUUCCAUAUUGUAAUGGAUAGCUUGGUAAAUGGAUUUUUUUUGAAAAUGAUUGUCCUAAGCCAUUUGUUUCUGAUGAUGAGUUGUGUCUUCAGUCUCAGCUAGUGCCUCCUUUCAUCUUGUACAAAAAAUAGGGUUAUGUGUAGAAAUCCACCAAAUCUGACAAAGUGAAAAGCUAUAUUCUGUUGGGUGAGAUCAAGAUACAUAUGGCAUCUGUAAUAACACUCUAUACUUCCAGAAAGAUAACUAUCUGUAUAACAUAGAGCCUGCUAGUCCUCACUCUCUCUAGAUAAUUUUUCAGACACAUUUCUUUGUUGUAUCCACGAGACUGAAAAGAAGUUGGAGCAUAUCAGAGACAGUGACGCUUCAUGACACUUCUAAUUGUGCACAGGCAUGACUAUCAUUUUAAAAUGCUGUUCCAAAUACAUAUUGCCUGUGAACAUCUUAUGAUUUGCAGAAGAACUAACGGAUCCAUCUUACAUGACAAUAUAUUGUAACUGUUGACGAUCUCUGACCAUUGAACAAAUACAUCAAAGCACUAAAUUCUUUCACAUGAAAUAAUCUGUCCUGGACAAAAGAGCUGCUGAAAUAUUUUUUGAUGGUUAUGUAGCAAGGAGGAUGGUUAUGUAUGCUAGGAGUUAACUGCCUUCACAUUUUGCCAUUUGAUUCAAGUGUCUUUAUUGGAAUUUUUCUUAAAUAAAUGCACAUGCAAAGUACGUGUAUUCCCUACAAGAUAUUUUGCCUGAAACCAAGUUACAGGUAUAGAACUUUUGUCUUUCUACACAGUCCCCGUGAGUUUAUGCACACACAUAUUACCUUCAUGUCAUUAUGAAGGCUUGCCAAGCACUUAUAAUUUACAACUGAGCUGACACAUAAAAGCAUACAGAGACUGGAGAAAACACCUGAAAAUUUAAUCUGAAAAAAAAAUUAGUUUCAUAAUGCAUCAGUUGAGAAUCUCUUGAAAAUCAGGACUGCUAAUAGGUAGAAGCAUGGCUUGACUUCUGUAGUCUCAGAUCUGCUAUGAAUGUGGUGCAGCUACAAAGCACAGGUCCUGCAAAUCUAAUGCUUUUCCAAAACCUCCAGCUAUGCAGCCAUAGCACACACUAUGAAGCAACCCGGAUUUCCAGACACAGCAGCUGUUUGGAGCAGCUGAAAUUACCAUGCGUAAUGCUUCACAAUCCAAGCAAAAAUUCCACGUAGAAAACUGCACAUGUCCAGAAAAAAACAACACUGAUAUAAACUGUAUAACAUAUAUAAAAUAUUUAUACAGAAAUACUUCUAUACAAAUAUAAAACCAUUUCACUGGACUUCCAUCUAAAGCUGACAGACUACUGUAUUAGCAGGCCAACAGUAGAGCACAGUGCUCCUAUCUGCUCAUGUACAAACCUCACUUGAGGCGAAUCCUGCACUCUGCUCAGAUGCAAUUCUCAGGAGUCCAUG